AUGGGCUCCAAGAGCAAGUGUCUCUUGACCAGGCCUUUCCGACACCAGGAAGACUAUUACAAGCCAGGAGACCUGAUUGUUGGGGGGAAUCUACCCCUCAUCAGCGCCGUCGACUUGAUGAAGUACUUCUACAUUCCUCCCCAAGACCAGGAAUACUGCUCUGACCAGUAAGUGUCUUCAGGAAGGCUCUGUGUUGCCCUGGCUUCAGUGAUCUGCGUUAAGGGUGAUGCUGACAUCUGGAAUUCCCUGGUUCAGAUUUUGA